UGUCCUGCCUGUGUCCCCAGGGUAGAGUUCGUUUUAGGCGAGGUUCUUGGGUUUCCUGUUAAAGUAGGACCUCUGUCCCGAUUAGGUCCGAUUCUGUCCUCCGUCCCCACUGUGGUCCCCUCAGGGCUAGCCGACCGAUGGUUUAGUCCAGCGGAGACACUCCCCCUGGGCCGCAGCGAGAUGGCAGAGAGCGAAGGGCAGACCGCGCACGCAUGCGCAGAGGCGCAGCAUGGGGGCGGGAGCCGCUAAGCGCCUUCCCCAAGGCUGUGGAGGUGAGUAGGGGACGGGGAGAGGCGUGUCCCGCGUCAGGACUGACCGCUGCCGCGCAAUGGCCACCGUGGGCUCAGCCACCACCAUCCCAACUCUAAAGCCGUUGACCCCAACUGUCCAGAAAAUUGGGGUCCCCAGGAGCUCAGUUUUAGCGUUUGUACAUCAAAGUCCCACUUGCACUUAAACCACUUCUGGCAUUUCAUCGCCAUUAUCUCGGUACCAUCUCUAGGAAGAUACCUGGGUACAAUUAUGAACACGAUGUAUGUGACAAUGGCUCAAAUCUUAAGAUCUCAUCUGAUAAAUGUUUCAACGAUAUCUAAUAGAGUGAAAAUGCUCCCAUAUCUUGGUGUCAUUAGAAAUAGAAUGAUGUCAACUCAUAAAUCCAAAAAGAAGAUGAGAGAAUAUUAUAGGCUGCUAAGUCUGGAUGAAGGAUGCUCUGCAGAUGAUGUCAGGGAAUCUUUUCAUAAGCUUGCCAAGCAAUACCAUCCAGACGGUGGCUCUAGUACUGCGGAUUCUGCAACAUUUAUAAGGAUCGAAGAAGCUUAUAGGAAGGUGCUUUCUCACGUGCUAGAACAAACAAAUGCCCGACAGAAUAAAGUUGAAGAAGCAGAGGAAGAAGAAGACAAAUUCAAAUAUAAAACACCCCAACACCGGCAUUAUUUAAGUUUUGAAGGUAUUGGUUUUGGAACUCCAAGUCAACGAGAGAAGCAAUAUAGGCAGUUUAGAGCAGACCGUGCAACUGAGCAAGUGAUGGAAUAUCAGAAGCAGAAACUACAAAGCCAGUAUUUCGUCGAUAGUUUGAUUGUUAAAGAUGUAAGACAGAGUAAAGAACAAAAGAUAACUCAAGCUAUAGAGCGUUUAGUAGAGGAUCUCAUUCAGGAAUCAAUGGCCAGAGGAGACUUUGACAAUCUCAGUGGGAAGGGAAAACCUCUAAAAAAAUUUUCUGGCUGUUCAUAUAUUGAUCCCAUGACUCACAACCUUAACAGAAUAUUGAUCGAUAAUGGAUACCAACCAGAAUGGAUCCUAAUGCAAAAGGAAAUAAAGGAUACCAUUGAUCAACUCAGAGAGGCGAUUUUAGUGUCAAGGAAAAAACUUGGGAAUCCAAUGACACCAACUGAACAGAAACAGUGGAGCCAAGUUUGUGAGCAGUUUCAAGAAAACAUCAGAAAACUAAACAAGCGAAUUAAUGAUUUUAAUUUAAUCGUUCCCCUCCUGUCCAGGCAAAAAGUCCAUUUUGAUGCACAGAAAGAAAUUGCCAGAGCCCAGGAAGUAUAUGAAAGCCUUAUAAAAACAGAAGAAGUCACAGAUAAAAACCCAGCCAACACUGAUGAGGGAGAAGGGGAGAAAACACCUGAAGUCAAGACAAGUUUUUUUAACUGGGUGAAUGUGUGGAAAUUUAUUAAAAUAUGACCACUUAAAUAUUCACAGUACUGCCUCAAACCAUUUUCAGUUGUACUGACA